AUGGGUCUGUUCGACUUCCUGCGCUAUCUGCGCCUCAAAUUCCUCAUCUCGUCUCUUCGCCUCCUUAUGAGACUCCUUGCUCCGUUGCCAACACCCAAGCCAGACUCAAUUUUGAGGAUUCCAUCUCGCGACAAGGGGCGGACUAUCAAGAUUCAUGUCUACAACCCGGGGGGGGAGGCGGGAAGCGCUAGAGGGGAGCCGCAUCCUGUGCUCAUUAGUUUCUAUGGCAGUGGGUUUGCUCUCCAAUAUCAUGGUGCUGACGACCGUUUCUGCCGGUUCGUUGCCAAGCACACCAGCCACGUAGUUCUCGACGUCCAGUACCGUGUGGCACCAGAGAACCCUUUCCCCGCGGCGGUCAACGACGCCAACGACGCCGUGAAAUAUGUGUUUGGCCACCCGGACGAGUACCAGACGUCGCACGUCUCCUUGUGCGGAUUCUCGUCCGGCGGCACUCUUGCACUUGUUACAUCGACCCUGUUUCCCCACGGUACCUUUCAGUCCCUCAUCGGAUUCUAUCCGUCCCCCAGCAUGGCCGGAGAUCCGGGAGAGCGGAAGGCCCCGGUGCCAGGCAGAGAUCGACCGUCGUUCUGGACGAAGGUCUUCCGUGAGGCUUAUAUACGUGGAAAAGAUGCCCGAGACCCUCGAAUCUCGCCAGCUUUUGCCGAUACGACCAACUUUCCGCAGGAAAUGCUAAUAUUUACUGCGGACCAUGACGUUUCUGCCACGGAUAUGGAGGCGCUGGCUGAGAGAAUCAAGACAGAAGGCUAUGCAAGCGGCAGACAUGUAGUUGUACGGCGGAUGGAGGAUUGUGAUCACGCCUUCGACAAGAACAAGAAGCGUGAAAAUCAGAUGGAGGCUGGUCGGGAAGCUUACGCUCAAGUUGCGGAUUUUCUGAAGAGUUUGGAGAAGUGA